CCCGAACAUUGCUGAAGGGUACUCGCAAAAAAAGUUUCGGUGUCCUUGCAAUCACUUAAAGCUGCUCUCGAGGUCGGCUUCAAAUUCGUUUGCCAGCUGAAUUCAUGCGUUACGCCUCGAUGGCAAGCUCAUGCCAACUGGCCUGUGCCAUUGCACUUUUACUCUUUGCUGGAACGGCAUGCGCUGAUUACUUUCCGACAACUGCUGGAGUUUUCACAGUGACUAAUGAUGCUAGCCUUGAGGUACGGACCCGAGAUGGCAAUACUCCCAGAAUUAUCUUCAUCGAAGGAACACAGCAGUUCGCGCUGGAAUUCUUGAGUACGACCGGACAGAAAAGUGGGUACGGUGCAGAUGCUACAUUCUACCUCGCCCUGGUGAUCAAACCCUUCACUGUAAGCGAGGCCUGGAUCCCCGUCUGGAGUCCCAACAGAGACACCCCCGUGCACCAGAACGCAACGUUCGCCACGGAGAUUGGCGGCGGAAGCGUCUUUUUGUCACUGAGAGAUGCAGACGGUACUCUGGUUUGGAAGAGCCCUGGUGUUUACGCCGGCACAAGUACCGAUUUUGGUGUCGAGCUAGGUGCGGAGGGAAACUUGAAAUUCCUCGACACCUUCAACGCCACAGUGUGGGAGAGCUGGAAAGAACCCACCGACACUCUGCUGCCAGGCCAGACUCUCUUGUACCCGAGCUCGCUGGCGUCGGCCGUGUCCAGCAGCAACUACUCCACGGGGAGCUACCGCUUCAACGCCGAGGUGGCAGGAGUGACAAUCACCAGCACCACAUCCAGCGCGCCUACGUGGUGGAAGUCUGUCAUACCCACCAACGACACCGUCUACGCCACGCAGCACACGUGCCUCUACGAUCACGACACGUUCUUCAGCGCGGCCGACGGCGUGGUGGUCCUGACGGGCACGACCGUCGCCUCGACCAGCGUCCAGGAUCCGACCCUGUGCUCUCAGCCCGAAGCCAACUCGACGUCGGUCAUCGACCCGUUCCCGUCCUCGUCUCCUCCUUACGACGGCUCCGAAACCGUCACCACCGAUCAAUUCGCUCGCCUGGAGCCCAGCGGCGUUCUCCAAGUCUGGUCCUACUCCGUCGCUUCUCGCGUCUAUCUUGCCGUGUCGGGAGCCCAAGCUCCUACCGCUUGAGGACGGGAUGCAUGAUGUGCUUAUUCUGUGGUGCUCCCGGGACUAUGGACUUCAAUCUUCCGGUUGUAGAAAGCUUGAACUGGAGUUACACUGAGUUGCAUUCCUCGUUUUGAGGUGACCAGGACAAGCAUGCGUUCCGGUGUGGAAAUAAAUCUGCUGUAUCUAAAAAGUACCAUCGUAUAUCUUCAAGUCAUUCCCAGUAGCUUAAUGGGCUUAUUCUGUGGUGCUCCCGGGACUAUGGACUUCAAUCUUCCGGUUGUAGAAAGCUUGAACUGGAGUUACACUGAGUUGCAUUCCUCGUUUUGAGGUGACCAGGACAAGCAUGCGUUCCGGUGUGGAAAUAAAUCUGCUGUAUCUAAAAAGUACCAUCGUAUAUCUUCAAGUCAUUCCCAGUAGCUUAAUGGGCUUAUUCUGUGGUGCUCCCGGGACUAUGGACUUCAAUCUUCCGGUUGUAGAAAUCUUGAACUGGAGUUACACUGAGUUUCAUUCCUCGGUUUGAAGUGACCAGGACAAGCAUUCGUUCCGGUGUGGAAAUAAAUCUGCUGUAUCUUAAAAGUGCCAUCGUAUAUCUUCACGUCAUUCCCAGUAGCUAAUGGGGAGUUAUAGCUCAAUACAUUUACCUUCGAGUUGGAAAGUAUGUCAUAUGUGUUAGCUCUCUUCAGAAUAUAGUAAAAUGAAAUUAUUCUUUCCUUUCAACGAAAUAUGGUAAAUCAGGUGUGCCGACUACAUUUAUUACAUAGUUUGCGGCAUCAUAGGGUGUUUUAGUUCACGUCACCAGACACAGUGGAAUAAACUUACCUGUCCAAA